AAAGGCACACUUGUUCAUGUGAGAUUAGGAUUUCCUUAUUCUUAAUGGGUUUUGUUUUAAUUUUUCUUAUUAUUUAUAAAUAUGAAAAGCCACACUUGUUUUACAUUCUUACGAAACAAUUGGCUAGGCACACUCACUUUGUGGCAGCGAAUGCGUUAGAUUGUUUAAAGAUAUCAAACAGAGCCUAUUUUUUUUCCCUCUGCGUAUAAUAAAGCAGAGUAAUUUUGAAAACCAACAAAAACAACCAAACUCAAAAUGUAAAAAAGUGUUGCAGUUCAUAAUUUUGAGUUCUAGAUUUCACUUCUGACCCCCCAAAAAAAAAAAAAAAAACAGAUUUAUAGAUUUUGCUUAUUCGUUUUAUUGAAAUUUUAUAUAUGUAUUUUAUUUUCACAUCUCAUAUCAAUUAGUUUCAACUUUCACUCACUGCUCAGAGUCUGAGAUCCUCACACCCAUCUACCUUUCCUUGGCCAGCAAGAAAAGAAAUCCUGUUACGUCCAAACCCUUAUUCUUAAUUAUUUUAUCGUAGGGUUUCCUUGUUUUUUUAGUAGUUUCCUGUUUGAUUUAGGAUAGUCCAGUGAGUAUAUAAUCAUCCCAUCGUUUCUUUUCCUUCUUCUGCAAAUAAGUUUUCAUCACCCACCAACCUAAACAUUCAAUUACGAUAGCUCCAAAACCUCAAGUUUCAAUCUUCAAUGGAGACGCACAGCAAUCUAAAGACAUGGAUAUCGGAUAAUUUAAUGGCCUUGCUCGGAUAUUCUAACAUCGUAGUUGUUCAGUUCAUUAUUCGGCUAACUAAGGAAGCAACAUCACCGGCUGGUGUGGUGGACAAGCUUCUUGAUUUUGGGUUUUCCUCAUCGAGUGAAAUCGGCUCUUUUUCUAAAGAAAUCUUCGCAAGAGUGCACCAUGAAGCAUCAGAGAGGGAAAUUGCUAGUUUGGUGAGGAAGCUGCAGAGAACAUAUGAUCACUUGGAUGCAGAUACUGAUGAUUAUUAUGAGUCCAUGAAAUCGUAUUCAAAAAAGAGACGGUACAGGAAGAGGGUGUCGAGUGAAGAAGAUGAAGAUGAAGAAAUGGAAGAAGAAAGACGGGUUAAAAGACGAACUUGGUCAGAUGAAUGCCAAGAUAGUUCAGACUCGGAAGAAGAAAGAUUGCGUGAUCAAAGGGAGAGGGAGCAAUUGGAGAGAAAUAUAAGGGAAAGGGAAAGGGAUGCAGCAGCAGCCACAAGAAAGCUAACAAAGGAAAGGUUAAAACAAAGGGAGGCAGAGGAGGCUUUUUUCAGAACCAAUGCUGAUGUUGAAGCUUUGAGAAAAGUUUCGAGACAAGUAUAUUUAAAGAAAAGGGAGCAAAAGAAACUGGAGGAGAUCAUAGAUGAUUUAGAAGAUAUGAACUGCUUAUUUGAAGGUGUGAAGCUAACGGAAGCAGAAGACAAUGAAUUAAGUUACAAGAAGCAAAUAUUAGAGCUUGUUAAGAAACAGUCAGAUCUUGAUAAGGCUGAGUUCUCUGUGGCUUUGCAACGCUACAAGGAGCUCAGUUCUUGUGACAAAACGAACUCGUUUUCGGAACAGAAAUCUUGGGAGGAUCAGCAAAUUGGAAGGGCAACACUGAUUUUUGGUUCCAAAGACAAAAAGAGAUCAAUAUCUCAGGAUGAGUAUGAAUUUGUGUUUGGAGACCAGAUUGAGUUUAUCAAGGCUUCAGAGAGAGAGAGUACAGAUGAGUUUGAUGAUGUUCAGCCAGUCCAACCCGUGCAUCCAUUUGAGUCUAGGACGAAAUCAACCUUGGAGAAGCUGCAGGAGGAGAGAAAAACAUUACCAGUCUACUCAUAUCGUGAUGAGUUACUCCAAGCAGUUGAAAAACAUCAGGUUCUUGUUAUUGUUGGUGAAACUGGAUCCGGAAAAACUACACAGAUACCCCAAUAUCUACAUGAGGCUGGAUACACAAAGCGGGGCAAGAUUGGGUGCACGCAGCCACGGCGAGUUGCUGCUAUGAGUGUUGCUGCUAGGGUUUCUCAAGAAAUGGGCGUCAAGCUUGGACAUGAGAUUUGGCAAGCUAUAGUGUGCUGAUGGUGGAUGAGGCUCAUGAGAGAACUCUCUCAACAGAUAUUUUGUUUGGAUUAGUAAAGGAUAUUGCACUAUUUAGAUCUGACUUUAAACUGCUAAUCUCAAGUGCAACUCUUGAUGCUAAGAAAUUCAGUGAAUAUUUUGAUUUUGCCCCAAUUUUUCAUUUUCCAGGAAGGCGGUAUCCUGUCGAUGUAGUCUACACAAAAGAACCACAAGCUGAUUAUUUGGAUGCAGCCAUUGUUACUGCACUUCAAAUCCAUGUGACAGAAGCACCUGGAGAUAUACUGGUAUUCCUCACUGGUCAAGAAGAAAUUGAAAUGGCAGCAGAAGUAUUGAAACACAGGACAAGGGGCCUUGGAACAAAAAUUGGUGAGCUGGUUAUCUGUCCCAUAUAUGCAAACCUGCCUACUGAGCUGCAAGCAAAAGUUUUUGAGCCCACGCCUUUAGGGGCUAGGAAGGUUGUCCUAGCCACAAACAUUGCAGAGACCUCACUGACCAUAGAUGGGAUCAAAUAUGUCAUUGACCCUGGAUUUUGCAAGACAAAAUCUUAUAAUCCAAGGACUGGGAUGGAAUCAUUGCAGGUGACUCCCAUCUCCAAGGCAUCAGCAAGGCAAAGGGCAGGUCGAUCUGGCCGAACAGGCCCUGGUAAAUGCUUCAGGUUAUACACUGCUUUCAACCAUCAACAUGAUUUAAAUGAUAACACAAUACCUGAAAUACAACGGACGAACCUUGCAAAUGUCGUUCUAAUGCUGAAGAGCCUCGGUAUUCAUGACUUGUUACAUUUUGAUUUCAUGGAUUCUCCACCUACUGAAGCUUUAAUAAAUGCCCUGGAGUUGUUGUUUGCACUAGCUGCAUUGAACAAAUAUGGAGAGCUGACUAAAGUUGGUAGACGGAUGGCAGAGUUUCCUCUUGAUCCAAUGCUAUCUAAGAUGAUUGUUGCUUCCGACAAAUAUAAGUGCUCGGAUGAGGUUAUUUCCAUCGCUGCUAUGCUUUCUGUUGGUAAUUCAAUUUUUCACCGUCCAAAGGAAAAACAAGUCCACGCUGACAACGCGCAACUGAAUUUUCAAACUGGGAACGUGGGAGAUCACAUUGCCUUGCUUAAUAUUUACAACACAUGGAAAGAGGUAAAUUACUCAACACAAUGGUGCUACGAAAACUUUGUACAGGUAAGGAGCAUGAAAAGAGCAAGAGACAUCCGGGAUCAACUUGAGCGGC